GUUGUAAAGCCGUGGAGGCAUUGCUGAAAGUAUUAGUGGACCUUCAGGAUGAGCUGCUCUAUCAAUACCCAGGCACAAGGCAUCUGGUAGAUGGAAAACAAGCGAAAACUGAGAGUGAUGACGAAAUCCCUAGCAGUAGCGAUGAAGAGCAAGUGGAUAAGGCUCAGGAGAAGAGGAGGAGCCUCCCCAAACGGAAGCUAAAGAUGGAGGACUACCCAGAGUUCAUAGCCAAGCGGUACGCUGACUUCAGGACGUAUCGGAACAGCAUCUUGCAGAAGUGGCAUGAGAAGACAAAGCUGGCAUCUGGCAAAAUGGGAAAGGGUUUCGGUGCCUUUGAGCGUUCAAUCUUGACUCAGAUUGAUCAUAUUAUGAUGGACAAAGAGAGAUUACUACGGCGGACACAGACCAAGCGAUCAGUGUAUACAAUACUGGGAAAGCAGGAACAGGAAUCUCAGCCGGUCCCUGAAUCUUUGCCUGAAAAUUCGGAGGACCUCCCUCAGUCAGACUUCAACAGGCACCUGAAGGACAUCGAUGAGGAGAUAUUUGACGAUGAUGACUUCUAUCACCAGCUCCUUCGAGAAUUUAUAGAACGUAAAACCACUGCAUUGGACCCCAAUGACCAAGUAGCCAUGGGCAGGCAGUGGCUGGCCAUCCAGAAGUUACGAAGCAAAAUAAAGAAGAAAGUGGACAGAAAAGCCAGUAAAGGAAGGAGAAUCCGGUAUCAUGUCCAUAGCAAGCUGGUGAGCUUCAUGGCACCUAUUGACCACUGCACAAUGAAUGAUGAUGCCAGAUUUCUGGAUGAGAGCUUUCCGGAAAUCCUGGUGACAGUGGAGGAGGAGCCCAAGGAGUCGCCCGCGAUGGCCCCCAGCGGGUCCUGCCUGGCUGAGACAUUGUCCGUGGGUCCUGCUGCAGCCCACAGCGGGGCUGCUGCUGCUGCUUUCUGGUUCAGGUACUGCUCCUAG